UGUUUUCCAAGGCAGAACGGUAGGCCUGUGUUUUUCAAGGCAAUCUAUGAUUGUAUUUUCCAGAAAAAAUUGAUUUGGUUAAGCUACUUAUAACGUCCUUCAUCUUAAUCCUUCAACAUUUCAGGUUGAAAAGAAAAAGAUGGCAGGGCCGAAAAUGAGCCUAGUGCUUUACUUCCAUCUCUAUCUAGCGUGUACCUACCCGUACACCCGGACCCUUGCGCAGAUCCUGUCACCCAUUGCAACCAUACAAGAUCUGUCUUUCAAGAAUACAGGCUUCUCCAUGAAUCUCUACAGAAGAAUAUCAAGUUUCCAUGACCGCAACAUAUUUUUGUCCCCGCUAAGCAUAUCUACCGCCUUCGCCACCCUGUCUUUGGCCACCGAUGGCGUCACCAGAGAUGAAAUAUUGAAGGGCUUCAACCUGGAGGAGUUGGAGGUGGCUGGUCAGCCAGAAUUCAUUCCUAAACUAUUCCAAUAUCUCCAUGGAAACCUCACCCAGAAUGCCUCCAUACAGCUGGAUCAGAGCACUGCCCUGUUUCUCUCUCAAGGGUUUGAGAUUGAGGCAAAGUUCAGUGAGGAGAUCAAGAUGUAUUUCAGCGCUGAUGUCAUGCAUGUAAACUUAACAGACACAGAAGGCAGUAUCGACCUCAUUAAUCAGUACAUCAGCAAGAAGACUGAGAACAAAGUGACUAAAAUGUUAACCAGCUUGGAUCCACUCACCCAGCUCAUGUUGAUCAACACUAUUUUCUUUGAAGGGGAAUGGAAUAUGCCUUUUAAUCCCAAUAACACAAAAUAUGCCCCAUUCUACAUUGAUAACUAUAACGUUGUGCAGGUGCCUAUGAUGUUUUUAGAAGAUAAGUUUUACACAGCUGAAGACAUCCCCCUUGGUGCCAAAGUGUUGAAGCUUCCAUAUAAGCAUGGUGUUGCCAUGUUGAUCGUCCUGCCAAACAAAGAUAUGGACUACACCCUGAUUGAUGAUGAGAUCAGCGCAGAGAGGUUCCAGUCGUGGGUCACAAAUCUACGGAAAACCAAACUGGAGGUGCACAUGCCCAAAUUCAAAAUGGAGCAAUCGUAUUCCCUGCACCGCCUUCUUCCAGACAUGGGAGUUUCCACUAUCUUUAACACUGCAGCCAAUCUCACAAGGUUGUCCAAAAACAAAGGCAUCAAAGUGACAGAGGUGCUGCACAAGGCCGGGAUAGAGGUGGAUGAGCUGGGCACCACCGCAGCAGCCGCGACUACAAUUGGUAUUACAGCCUACUCUAUGCCGAUGACCUUCACAAUCGAUAGACCCUUCUUCUUCUUCAUUUACCAUGAGGAUACAAACUGUUUAAUUUUCAUGGGCAGGGUCAUAGACCCCACCAAGCACUAAGGAUGUUUCCUUCAAUAUUGGAUGCUUAGAUAACAUACUGGAAUAUGAAUGAUGAUAAAUAAUUGUAACUUUUGAUCAUCUGUAUAAUAUUGCAUAUUAAAAAUAUUUCCACAAAUGUAA